AUGGAUUUUAUCGACAUAUUGCUUUCACUAAAGCACCGGUAUUCAAAUACCCAUGAUGGCCUAUCCUUUACAAUUGAUAGGUCUGGUAUGAAAUGCAUUUUAGUGGAUUUGAUAGCUGGCUCCAUUGAUACCAUAAAAACUUCUGUUGAAUGGAUUUUAGCUGCACUUAUAAAACACCCUAGAGUGAUGAAGAAACUACAACAAGAGUUGAAAGUUGUGAUUGGAGAUAAACAUGUGGUUGAAGAAACAGAUUUGCCAAACUUAAGUUACUUGCACAUGGUAGUUAAGGAGACUUUAAGGCUUUAUCCUAUUGCUCCACUAUUAGUUCCACAUCAAUCAAUGGAGGAUAUUGUGAUUAAUGGUUACAAUAUACCCAAGAAUACACGACUUCUUGUAAAUUAUUGGGCAUUUGGACGUGACUCAAAAGUUUGGUCUGAAAAUUGGGAGGAGUUUCUUCCAGAGAGGUUUUUAGACACAGAAGUCGAUUUUCGUGGACAUGAUUAUCAACUUAUACAAUUUGGAAUUGGUAGAAGAGGAUGUCCUGGAAUGAAUUUAGGAUUACUAAACACUGGCUUGGUGGUUUCCAACAUGGUACAUUUCUUUGAUUGGGAGCUACCGAGUGGGAUGUCAUCAAGUGACCUGGAUAUGAAAGAAAAAUUUGGAUUAACUACCCCCAGGGCUAAACCCUUAUUAGCUAAUCCUAUAUACCAAAACUGA